CUCUCUCCCACCUUCUUUACGCUAACUCUCCCUUCUGUGUUCGACGAAGUGCUAUUUUGUCGAAUUCUAGGGUUUUGCGAAGCUCCUAGGAUUUUUUCAUGGCGUCCAAGCGCAUCCUCAAGGAAUUGAAGGAUCUUCAGAAAGAUCCUCCCACUUCCUGCAGUGCUGGCCCAGUUGGCGAAGACAUGUUCCAUUGGCAAGCAACAAUUAUGGGUCCUGGUGAAAGUCCUUAUGCUGGAGGAGUGUUCCUAGUGAAUAUUCAUUUCCCUCCAGAUUAUCCAUUUAAACCACCAAAGGUAGCAUUCAAGACCAAGGUAUAUCAUCCUAAUAUUAACAGUAACGGCAGUAUUUGUCUUGAUAUCUUGAAGGAGCAAUGGAGCCCUGCCUUGACCAUUUCCAAGGUGUUGCUCUCGAUUUGCUCUCUGUUGACAGACCCGAACCCUGAUGAUCCUUUGGUCCCCGAGAUUGCUCAUAUGUACAAGACGGACAAGCACAAGUAUGAGACUACUGCUAGGAGCUGGACACAGAAGUACGCUAUGGGUUAGCAUUAGAUAAGAGUGACGAUGUGAAACUUUUUAUCUGUGUGACUUAACUAAGAAGAAUGAAACUCAGCACUCUUGUGCUUGUUGGAACCUCUGCAGCCGCUUUUGGUUUUAUGCAACAAUCUACCGUUAUCAGUAUUAAAUGUUUCUUACCUA